CGUUCACGAGUCAAGUCAAGUCAUUACAUCCAACCAGUGAGGGUCAUGUGACUGUCACAACUGCAACACCAGAUGCUCAUCCAUGUACAUGUAUGUCUCAUCCACAACAAAGUCGCGGGAGCUGCCACCAAGCAACACGAGACUACGAGUAGAGUACCGUAUCCAAGAGGCUUCUGGAGACGCUCACGAACACACACCCAGCAAACAAAAAUACACCACGCUUCGCUUCCCACAGCCACUCGUUCUCAUUCAUUACUUACUUACUUCACCUUAUCAAUCAAUUGAGUUGGCUAGCUAGUAGCGAGUUGCAGGUAUCAGUAGUUAUCCAUUAUUCAGGCAAGAGAAGAGAAGAGAAGACCAGGACUACCGCCAAGACAACUCACCAAUCCACAUCCAUUUAUCUUAUUAAUUGACUAUUGAUUUACCAACCAUGGUAAAGUCAUCCUUUGAAAUUGUGGGUCCCGAGGACAACCAAGAUGAAUACUGGGAUGGGGAUUUCCAGGAUGACGACAAUGCUGAAGACGAAGAAGCCUUUGAUGGACGACCGCAACCUGCCAAUGGCUUGAAUGGACAUCACACCAACGGCGACAACGGUCUGAAUGGCCAUCACACCAAAAAGAAGCAUAUGAAAAAGAUGAAAGUCUCCACGCAACGAGAUUACAGUGGCUCGUCUCUACAGGAAUUGCUGUAUCUGCCACCUCGGGCACGAGGCAUCUGCUGUUUGGGUAUGAUUGGAUUUGGACUCAUUCUCAUUUUCAUUGCCUUGAUUGUACCCAAGAGUGAACUGGGAUUGGCCGGUCACAACAACGACGAUAACAAUAGCAACAAUCAAGAAUCCACUUGUCAGGUACACACCACACAGGAAACAUUCUCCGAAUGGAUGCACAAUAUUCGAAUCACCAAUUCCACAGAGUUGUGUCAAAAAGAGAUCGCCUCAUCGGACUGCAAAUGCCACAAUCCAUUCAAAGUCGCGCAAUCCGAUCAGAAGGGGUGGCACAAAAUCUUCGAAUCCAAUCUCCAAGCACUCAACGAAACAACACUAAAAGAAGCAUCUCUGGAUCUUGUACUCUACGGGGAUUCCAUCAUUGAACGAAUGAAUGGAAGAGUUUUUGGUAAACCAAAAGACGAUCUACAGGAUCAAUUCUCCGUCACCAAAGAAUACUUUACCAAAGAGGGAGGAGGCAAAAUCAACGCGCUGCCACUCGGAAUUGCCGGAGAACAAAUUCAUGCCCUCAUGUACCGGCUCAAGAAUGGAGAAAUGCCCGAUACACUCAAACCCGGUGCCUGGUGGCUCAUGAUUGGAACCAACGAUGUCGUCCAGGCAAACUGCAAUGUGGAUGCCGUCGUCGCGGGCAUUGUCACUGUGGCAGAAGAAAUUCUCAGACGAGAUGAAAUCAAUCGACAAUACGAUGCGUCCCAUGUGGUCAUCAAUUCACUCUUUCCACGCGUCAAACUCGACAAGGAUCCACUCUGGAAAACCAUUCAACAAAUCAAUAGUCGACUCGAAUGUUACGCCGAAACCACCAAAGGCAUGGAAUUCUUUAAUGCCACGGAACUCUUCCUGGACAGUGCCACCAACAAAGUCAAUGCCAAUAUAUUCCUGGAGGAUGGGAUCCAUCUGACGGCACACGGGACGCGUCUGUGGGAAGAAGCCAUUGUCGAAAAAUCACUCUACCUGAUUGCACACAAUUCGUAGUGCAGUGGUCGUACGAACAGACAAUAGCCGCCAAGGUUCAAGCAUCGGUCAACGCUCAGAUAAAGGGGAGAGAGAAAAGAAAACUUGCUUCGAUGGCAGGAAUUCAAUCACUCAUGCACGAGUUCCGGGCCCCACCGAGAUUUGCAUCACCUGACAACGCACCAGCAGCUCUCGGUUUCGCACACCCACAAACAAAACAAGAAUGAAAAACACAUGACAAAAGUAACGGGGAUAGAAGAUGAUACUGUAUCUUUAAAGACUUCAAGCACGCCUUUGAUAAUACUGUUU